CGCUGGAGCGGAGCGAGAAUGUGAGUUAGUAACCGGCAGCCGUAACUCGAGUACGGUGCACCCCAGAACCGAAAGCUGAACCGCAGUUAGCCGUAGUCCGGAACAAUGUCUAAAAAGUACCCGAACCCGGUGUCCAAGCACUUCAUCUAUAGCGAAAGGACGCGGAAAAGUACCUGCAAAAUGUGCCACUUCGACAUGGCAGGUCGCCACUCCGAGAAUCUGAUGCGGCACCUGAAGCGCAAGCAUGAGGAUGCCUACGAGAGUGUGCUCGACGAGAAACGAGUAAUCCGUGCAGCACUUGCCCAGCAGCAGGCCAACAAAGACGCAGUCAUUUCGAACAAGAAAGUACUAGCCUCUAAGUGGCAAUAUCCAUCGACACGAAAGAAGACUUCAAUUUCCAAGGAUAAUGCCAUGGAAACCAUGGUGAUGAUGAACGAUGAAGAGAACAACGCCACAGACAGUCAGUUCGAGAACGUCUUUAUUGGAAAAUCGGAGAUACCAGAUGAGGAGUAUCAGUGGACAAACUCCGCGGCCAUGGAGCUGGAGGCACUCAAGGUAUCUCUGGCUAAGACUACGACCACUACCGAGUCCAGCGCCAGUGUGGCACCCACAUCCACCACUUCUCGUGCCAAGUCUCCAGCUCGAGGGCCAUCUGUUGGUGCUCCAAAUUCUUCCGGGGACGAGGACUACUUCCUCCGCUAUCUCGGCAACAAAUUAAGCAAAUACUCCGCCCGCACAAGGAACACCGUCCAGUUUCACAUUAAUCGCAUUCUGUACAAGGCGGACAUGGGCCGCUUUGAAGAAACAGAUUCCAGGACUGGCGAAGUCGACUACGACUCCCCGUAGUGCUGAAUUAAAAGCGCCUGUGCUGUGUACAUAUGUUAUUUAACGCUUAGGUGUAAAUAAAUUAUCUCCCGAGUUGUCAAACACCUAUAAAGAAACCAACCAACUUUAGGGG